CUCACGCGCUGACGUCAGCCCGUCCUGCGAAAGAACAGCGAUGUGUUGGAAUGUGUGGAGACGUGCACUUCCUUGAACAAACGCUCUAGAAAGAAAAGUUUUGAAAUCCCGAUCUACAAAAAUUGCCGAAAAGCAACAGACCAUCUCGAUCGCUGACCCAGCAUGGCAGCGGAGGCGGUCUUCCCCGUGACUGUGGGGGUGUUCCAUGGAGGCGUGGGCCUGGAAGAGGAGGAGGGGCCUAACGCCGACCUGCCCGCCCCCCAGUUGGUGAUGCUAGCCAAUGUGGCGCUGACGUCGGACGGUAUGGGUGGAGUCUGUGAGGGGCUGGGUGGAGCCGGCGAAGAGCGGCAGAUGGCCGAGCUGCAGCCGGUGGCCACCAACUACAGCAGCGACAGUGAGGACGACGACAGCACACUCCUGCAGCGCUACGGCUCCUACGAACACACACACACACACGCACACACCUACACGGAGCCGCCGCAGCCUCAAACACACAUACACACACACACCUCAGAGGAGAGAGGGGUCGCAGGAGAGGAGGAGGAGGAGGAGGACGAGGAGGAAGAGGAGGAGGAAGAGGACGUGGGUGGGGCUGAAGAUCUCUCCACCUCGAAAGCACCUCCCCCAAAGACAGCAGCAGCACAGGCUUCUUUGAAGCGCAGGCCUUACCCCAUCCUGCAGGGGGCAGUGGCGGUGCCGGACGCGAGUAAGAAGCGUAAGCCGUUCCACUGUAAGCCGUGCCAGUACCAGGCGCAGAGCGAGGAGGACUUCAUCCAGCACAUCCGCCUGCACAGCGCCAAGAAGCUCAUCGUGGUCAACGGUGCCAGCGGGGCAGAGGAGCCCGCUAGUGACACCGCCGCGGCGACCGCCUCCGGCCCGGCGCCCGCCCCAGACGCAGGCGAGGGGCCAGAGGGCAUGGCCAAUGGGAAAGGAGUGAUUCGCUGCGAGAGGUGUGGCUACAACACCAACCGCUAUGACCACUACAUGGCCCACCUGAAGCACCACAACAAGGAGGGCAACGAGCAGCGCGUCUACAAGUGCACUAUCUGUUCGUACACCACGGUGAGUGGAUACCACUGGAAGAAACAUUUGCGUAAUCACUUCCCCAGCAAGCUGUUCACCUGCAACCAGUGCUGCUACUUCUCCGACCGCAAGAACAACUACGUCCAGCACAUCCGCACACACACUGGUGAGCGUCCGUUCCGUUGUCCGUACUGUGAGUACUCCAGCUCCCAAAAGACACACCUGACCCGCCACAUGAGGACACAUUCAGGUGAGCGUCCGUUUAAAUGUGACAGCUGCAGCUACCUGGCUGCCAAUCAACAUGAGGUGACGCGUCAUGCACGGCAGGUGCACAACGGCCCGAAGCCUCUGAGCUGCCCGUACUGCCAGUACAAGACGGCCGACCGCAGCAACUUCAAGAAGCACGUGGAGCUGCACGUGAACCCACGCCAGUUCCUCUGCCCCGUCUGCAAGUACGCUGCCUCCAAGAAGUGCAACCUACAGUACCACAUCAAGUCCCGCCACCCGGGCUGCCAGGACAUCACCAUGGACGUGUCAAAGGUCAAGCUCAAGAAGGUCAGGAAGCCCGACGAUCCGGCCGACUCGACCCCAGAGACCUCGCCGGUCUCGGCCAGACCCCCCGCGGUCAGGCUGCACCUGUCGGAGGUGAGCAGGGCGAACGUGGAGGCCGAGGCGAAUGCGGGGCCCAUCAACCUGUCCACCAAGAGGAGCCGCGAGGGCGAGGAGCCCUCUAGUGAGCGCAAGCGGAACUGCAAGAGGGACAAGAGCGCCAAGAGGACGCGCUCGAGAAGUGAGAGCGCAAACCGAGCGGAGGAAAAGAAAGAGAGGGUGGCGAACCGAGCGGAAGAAAAGAAAGAGAAAGAGAAAGAGAGGAAGAGAGUGGUGAAGACACAGAAGGGGGAGAGUGAAGUGAAACUGACAACCAAACGAGAGAAAGCAGGAGCGAAGAAGAUGAGUGUGAAGGAGGGGGAGACAGAGAAGGGGGCGGAGGAGAAGAGCGAGAGAAGAGGAGAACAGCAGGAGAAACAGAGGGAUGGGGGGAUGAGUCCCAAAAGGGAGGAGAAGAAGACCCCGAGGAGGCCCACCAAGCGCCCGCCCAAAGCCCAACAGAGCCCCGCCCCUCAGACCAGCCCAGCCAAUCAGGCAAGCCCGGCCUCUGCUGCAAGCCCCGCCCCUCAGACCAGCUCAGCCAAUCAGGCAAGCCCUGCCUCUGCUGCAAGCCCCGCCCAGGUAGACGUUGGUGAGUCGGCUGACAUCUCCAUGGUAGCCAAGAGGAAGGCGGUGAAGAGGAAGCAGCAAAAGCCUAAGUCUGAGUCAUCAGAAACUCCCACACACAGCAGCCCAGCCAAACCCAAACGCAGGAAACCGGAGCCGCCGACACAGAUCCCGCCUCCCUCCUGUGACACGCCCCCUCCCACCCCCGACCAGCUGAAGUCCGCCCCCCUCAGCUCCCUCGCGGCCCUCCCCCUCUCCCGUGCGGGCGCGGACGCCAAAGGCACCCAGGUGCUGAAAGACAAGAAGGAGGCGGAGAUGGACACAGAUCUAAGCCCGCCCACCCCAACCACUCCCCCCUGCCACUUUGGCCCCGCCCCUCUGCUGGGAUUGGCUCUGAACUGCCCCUCCCUCGGACGGGACUCUGCGAAAGACAGAAAGGAAAAGAAAGAUAAACGUCAGAUUAAUACAGACGAACCCCAGACGGUCACAGAAAAACGUCAGAUUAAUACAGUCAAACGCCAGACAGUCACAGACAAACCCCAGAUGGUCACAGACAAAUCCCAAACUGUCAUAGAAAAACGUCAGACUGUCAAAGACAAAUGUCAGAUAAAUACAGACGAACCCCAGACCGUCACAGACAAACCCCAUGCCGUCAGAGAAAAAACCAAGACUGUUACACAGAAACCCCAGACUACUACAGACAAGACUGGUCCAUUUCACGCCCUGGUCACUACAUCUGAACCCCGACCUUCUAAAAAGGAGGUCCAGACUCCAGCAGACAAGCUGCAUAUGCCGGCAGACAAACUCAAGAUUCCGGUUUACCAGCAUCAGACCUCAACCAGCAGACUUCACAUCACUGGAGACAAGAUCAGGAUCCCAAAGGACCAGCUGCAGCUCCCUAAAGACAAGGCCGAUUUAGCCGCGCAGGCCCUCCAGACCCCUAGAGUUGUCUCGCCUAACCAACCCCAGACCACCGGUCCCACAGACCUGCCCCAGACCAACCCACACCUUCCCCAGACGACAGACCUGCCCCAACCUUCCCAGAUGACUCCACACCUGUCCCAACCUUCCAUAGACCUGCCCCAGACGACAGAGCAGCCCCAGACAAAUCCACGUCUGCCCCAACGGUCCACAGACCUGCCCCAGACGGCUCCACGUCUGCCCCAAUGGUCCGCAGACCUGCCCCAGACGGCUCCAGAUCUGCCCCAACGUUCCACAGACCUGCCCCAGACGGCUCCAGAUCUGCCCCAACCUUCCACAGACCUGCCCCAGACGGCUCCAGAUCUGCCCCAACCUUCCACAGACCUGCCCCAACCUUCCACAGACCUGCCCCAGACGGCUCCAGAUCUGCCCCAACCUUCCACAGACCUGCCCCAGACGGCUCCAGAUCUGCCCCAACCUUCUACAGACCUGCCCCAGACGGCUCCAGAUCUGCCCCAACCUUCCACAGACCUGCCCCAGACGGCUCCAGAUCUGCCCCAACCUUCCACAGACCUGCCCCAGACGGCUCCAGAUCUGCCCCAACCUUCCACAGACCUGCCCCAGACGGCUCUAGAUCUUUCCCAGAUGACGGAGCACCCCCUGCCUACCCCUGACCAACUGCUGACCCCCACGGAUAGUGUUCCGUCGUCGCCGCCGCGUCUGCCCCCAGGGUCGGCCUCGGGGCCAGCGGAGGCGGAGGAGGACGAGGGCAUCCACAGUCACGACGGAGGAAGUGAGCUCAGCGACAGCGCCUCGGAGCGCAGCGAGGACUCAGGGCUGAGAGGGGCAGUGCCCCCCACCCCCACCGACUCGCUGCCCUCCCCCACACACUCUCUGCCCUCGCCCCCACUCACACACACACAAACCAAGACGGCCACACACACACACACCUGCAUCUUCUGUGACCGCUCCUUUCCGCAGGAGAUGGACUACCGUCGCCAUCUCAACAGGCACCUGGUCAAUGUGUACUACCUGGACGCCGCCGCCCCACAGGGAACCCAGUGAGACGCACCCAUAGAGGCAGGGACGGGGUGUGUGUGUGUGUGUGUGUGUGUGUGUGUGUUAGGUCUCCAUGUUACACCGUACCAGGUCAGAUUCAAGUCUGGUCUAGUGAUUACUGCAAAUAAAGGAGAUGCAUACACACACACACACACACACACACACUCCUGAUGGGUUAUUAUAAUCUUCUUUUUUUUUUUCUUUUUUUUUUAACUCCACUUUCCAAAGACAGUUUUUUGUGAACUUGUCCAGACAGGAUGUGUUUAUGUGUGUGUGUGUGUUUGUACGUCCACCAUCUCCUCUUUUUUAAUGAGUUGAGCUACUCGCUGCUUUGACAAUCAUUUUUUUCUCGGUGGUGGUUUUUGGUGGCCUUGACCAACCCCCCACAGACACUCAUCUGUGCCUCCAAAGCUUAGAUCAUUUUCUCUCUCACACACACACAUACACACACACAAUCAGAUCAUAUUCUCUCUCUCACACAUACACACACACACAAUCAGAUCAUUUUUCGCUCUCACUCACACACACACGGCUCUGUCUCUGAGUACAGCCUCAUCCUUAUAUUAUGUGCACUGUAACAUGGAUGAUGAUAACACACGCGCACACACACACACACACACACACAGACUGCACUGUAGGAUGUUUGGUGCAAUAUUCCCUUCCCGUUUAUUAUACCAAAGUAGAAGAUAUUGACCUUGUGAUCUAACAGGCUUGACCUUUUGAACUGUGAUCUUUGACCCCGAUGUAAAUGCACUCAGUAGACAGUUAGGACCCCCACUUCCUCUUCAUGUGCCUCAUGCCAUUGUCUGGUCAUUUCCCCUGUAGAGACGUCUCUCGAUAGUGUAAAUGUGUUAUCUCUCGUCUCUAUAGUGUAAAUGUGUUAUCUCUCGUCUCAGCAGUGUAAAUGUGUUAUCUCUUGUCUCUCUUUUAUCGUAUAUCUUAUCCACAUCCCCAUCGAUGCCAUGUACUCUGUGUUGUCUUGGUAAUGAGCUGAGGUUUGGCCAAAUCUCUGUAAUCCAAUUCCUCCACUGGCCUGGGGCUUUGCUGAUGGAGUAGCCAAUCGCUGUGCUCCCAGACCCAGACCCCCCCCCCCCCAUGGCUUGUUUUGUGUAAGGUGCGCUGUAUGAGAUGGUGAGCUCAAUAAAGUUGUGUAUUUUAAA